AUGGCUGGUUCGGCAUUACGACGGUUGAUUGCUGAAUAUAAACAAUUAACAAAUAAUCCACCGGAUGGAAUUUUAGCUGGACCUAUUAGUGAUGAGAAUUUUUUUGAAUGGGAAGCACUUAUUACAGGACCCAAUGGUACACCAUUUGAAUUUGGAGUUUUUGCUACUCGUCUUCAUUUUCCAGGUGAUUAUCCAUUAAGUCCACCAAAAAUGAAAUUUGUUAGUGAAAUUUUUCAUCCAAAUGUUUAUCCUGAUGGAAGAGUGUGCAUUUCGAUUUUACAUGCACCUGGUGAUGAUCCUAUGGGCUAUGAAACAAGUGCUGAACGAUGGAGUCCUGUACAAAGUAUUGAGAAGAUUUUGCUUUCCGUUGUUUCUUUACUUGCUGAACCAAACGAAGCCAGUCCAGCAAAUGUUGAUGCUGCAAAAAUGUUUCGAGAAAAUCGUGAAAAAUUUGAUGAAACAGCAAAACGUAGUUUUGUUCAAAAUCUUCCACGUAAUGUUCGACUUGAACUUGAUGCAGAUGUUAGUAAACAAUUAACAUCUGAUAAUAGAAAAUUAGCUUUUUUUAAAGAACAUAAAGGAAAAUUUAAUCAUAAAAAUUCUUUGCCAAAACAGCUUGAAGAAACAAUAAACACGAUUUUAUCCGACAUCGAACCACAACGUCUUAAAAUCGAUAUAAAAUUACUUGCAGAUCAUUUAGCUGAACGACGUUUACCAGUUGAACAGCGUGAAUUGCAAACUAUAGCACAAAAUGUGAUACAAAAUUUAAUAAAUACCGAACCACAAAUGAAUACAUUGGCAAUGAAUCCAGAACAACGUGAAGAAUUAAAUCUUAAACGGCAACAUGAAUUAAUGAAACGAUUAAAAUCAUCAAUUUAUCAUUGGCAACCAUUAAUCUUUGAUGAAUAUAAAUCUAAAGUAUAUAUGGCGACUAAUUUUGCAGCUCAUUAUGCAAUGCUCGUACAAAUUUUCAAUGAAAUUAAAAAACGAGAACGGAAUUUUCAACCUGUUCGUUUAUUUGAUUUUGGAUCUGGUGCUGGUUCUGUUAUGUGGGCAGCUAUGCAUGUAUGGGGUAAACAAACAUUUGCCGAAAUUCUUAACGUUGAUAAAUCACGUGAAAUGAAUGAACUAUCUCAAUUAAUAUUACAAAAUGGUCAACAUAAUAAAACUCCACUUGUACAUGGUGUUAUUUAUCGACAAUUUAUGCCACAUGCACGUGAAAAUAUAUUUGAUCUAGUUGUUGCUGAUCAUACAUUAUUUGAAUUUGAAAAUCGUUUUGAACGUUUAAAAGUUGUUCAAUCAUUAUGGUAUAAUGUUAAACCUGGUGGUUUUCUGAUUCUUGUUGAACGAGGUACUAUUCAUGGUUAUACAGCAAUUAUUGAAGCUCGUGAAAAUAUUUUACAUCGUAUUGCUGUUUUUGAUGAAACAACGAAAAACAAUGACGAAGAAGUAAAUAGUGAAGAAUCAUCAACAGAACAAGAUGACUCAUCCUCAAGUAAACGGUAUUCUCCAGCACAUAUAUUUUCACCGUGUCCUCAUGAUUUAACUUGUCCAAAGAAACAAUUAAAUAUACCAUGUCAAAUCGCUACACGAUAUCGACCAUUACAAAUAUUUGAUCUUCAACGAAAUGUACCUGAUUAUGAAACAACUCAAAUGUCAUAUGUUGUUAUCAAAAAAGCUGAACGAAAUAAAGAUGAUAUUUAUGGAACAUGGCCACGUGUUAUUGAACCUAUAAUUGAUCGUAAAAAUCAUCAACAUGUUCGACUUUGUUGUCCUAAUGGUCAAUAUGUUAAUGUACCUAUAUCAAAAAAUAAACAUGGCGUCGGCCUUCAUCGUUUAUCACAUCAUGCUGCACCCGGUGAUAUAUUUCCAGUAACUGGUGAACUUAUUGAAGAUAAACCAAUAAGAAAUAAAGAAGACGCCACAACUCUUCGACAACGACGAAGACGAGCAUAUAGAACUUAA